AUGAAAGGUAAUAAUCAGAUGUGGAGGUUGGACUUACUUGAAGCCAAGUUCCAAGAGUUACCUCCAAGAUUUCCUCAUACGAAAAAGCUUUUACUUGCAUCGAAACAUAAUAACAAAUUGGCCAAGAAACUACCAAAGAAUAAAGAAGAGGCCCUUGAAGAAAUUGCUCAAUUAAAGGCGCAGUUUUUUGAAAACAAGUACCAUUCUGGCUAUAAGAAGCUAGAUAAAGAAGUGAGGAGAUUAACAAAGCAGAAAACGAAGAAGGAUGUUCCUGAGGUAUUUAACAAUGAAGAAUUCAUAAACCAGUUGAUCACUUCAAGAUUGAUCAAAAGCAUCAGUAGUACCAUACUUACCAACAAGGAAUUGAAAGCCAAUCCUCCAGUUUACAUAAAAGAUUCAGUGAGGGAUACAAUCAAAGACAAGGCAAACCCUUGUAAUCCUUCUCAGUUUUUCAUUGCGCAUUGUCAAAACUCAAAGGAGGUGAAUAAUUAUUGUUCAAACUUGUGGAACACCAAGGAAAUGAAAACGAUCCUCAAUGAUAUCGACUGGAGUUUUAGACAAGUUAGAGGCAGUCUUACAAAGACUGAACUAGAGGAAAGAAGCCGACAAACUGGACAAGCUUCAGAUACAGGUGAUAAUGAGGGCACAGGCACUGACGAGGAAAGUUCUUCAGAAGGUGUUAAUUCAGAAGACGAUGAAAGUAGUGACGAAGAUGAUGGCACAUCCUCUAGUGGUUUGGAGCACGAAGGCAAAGAUGGAAUACAUAAUGGGAUUCAAGAUGAUGGUUCUGACAUUGAUGAAGAGUUAGAAGCUUACGCCCAGUAUGACAAGUGGGUAGUAGCCUCAGACCAGGAGGAUAUUGACGAGAAACAAGAAGAAGAAUUUGAACUUGAUCCUAACGUCAAUUACAAUGAAGUGACAGACGAAGAACCACUGGAAGAUGAUGAAGAAUAUUCGGGGGAUGAAUCCGACCCUACUGAUGAAGCUGAAGAUAAAGAUGAACAGCAACAACAACACGAAGAAGAAGAAGAAGAAGAAGAAGAUGAUGAUGAUAGCUCAGUUGAUGACUUUUUUGAAGAAGAGCCGCCAAAAAAGAAGUCCAAAAAAACCAAAGAAACUAAGGACGAUGAAACCCGUUAUAAGUUACCAGCACUUGCUACAGGAUACUAUUCAGGAGGUUCUGAUGAUGAAGAUGAGAUUGGUGAUGUAGACAAUGAUAGAGUUGUGAAAGAACUUACACAACAACGCAAGAAUCGUAGAGGACAGCGAGCUAGACAGAAGAUCUGGGAGAAGAAGUAUGGUUCUAAAGCAAAACACAUUGUAAAGGAUAAGGAAAGAAUUCAAAACGAAAGAGAGAUUCGCCAAAAGGAAUAUGAAGAAAGACAACGUAAAAGGUAG